CGUUGGCUCUAGGGGCACGCACAGCCAGAGGGAGCCCAGACUGGGCAAGAAACAGAAUCUCAGCCCAGACUGAACAGCACACAUCAUCAAGAGGAAGAAGUCUCUAUUUUCAUACCUUUUAACCCAGAGAAGAUGCCAUGUGAAGGCUGCAUGGAGAGGGACAAUGUGAGCACUGGUGCAACCAUGGAGUUCCUCCUGCUCGGCUUCUCCGAGCUGCUUCAUCUGCGGGUCCUGCUCUUCCUUAUCUUUCUCAUUGUUCAUUUGGUCACAUUGGCAGGGAAUAUGAUGAUCUUCAUGGCGGUGGUGAUGGAGCCCUCACGUCCCCCCAUGCUUUUCUUCCUCUGCCAACUCUCUGCCGUCGAGCUCUGCUACACUUUAGUCAUUGUCCCCAAGGCGCUGCUCGGCCUGGCAGCGGCGGGCGGCAGCCCCAUCUCCGUGCUGGGCUGUGCCGCACAGAUGCACCUCUUCGUGGCCCUCGGCGGGGCCGAGUGCUUCCUGCUGGCAGCGAUGUCCUACGACCGCUACGUGGCCAUCUGCCAGCCCCUGCGCUACGCGGCCGUGAUGAGCGAGGGGCUGUGCCUGCGGCUGGCUCUCACCGGCGCCCUGGCAGCCUUCGCCGCUGCCCUGGCCUUGACGGUGGCCGUGUUCCGCCUGCCUUUCUGUCAGUCCCGCCGCAUCGACCACUUCUUCUGCGAUGUGCCUGCCGUGCUGCACCUGGCCUGCGCUCGGGGCUACACCACCGAGCUGCCCCUGCUGGCUGCCUGCGUGCUCCUCCUGCUGCUCCCCUUGCUCCUAAUCCUGGCCUCGUACCUUUGCAUUGCUGUGGCUUUGUUAGGCGUCAGCUCCCCUGUGGGAAGGGGCAAGGCCUUUUCCACCUGCAUUUCACACCUGGCCAUCACUUUGCUGCACUACGGCUGUGCCACCUUCAUCUACAUUCGCCCUAAGUCCAGUUACUCACCAGCUCGGGACAAGGUGGUGUCUCUGGUCUACACCAACAUUACUCCUUUAAUGUAUCCCCUCAUUUAUAGCCUGAGGAACAAGGAGAUCAGAGGGAUCCUCAGGAAAAUGCUGAGAAGGAAGAAAAUAGCUCAGGUGAACUGGGAUACUAUCACAGUUGUGAUCCCUGUGUGUGGUAAGUUUUAGUAGAACAAACACAUGCUUGUUGGAAAACAGCCCCAUAACCAGAUCACCACAGACUUCACUAAGGCAAAUAUCCAGACAGAAUUCUAUAUGCAUCACUACAUUUAUGAGAAAAAGAUAUCUCUGCUCAAAAA